AAACAUGGGAUGGAGAUGGAGAGAGAAGUCACACAUCGAACGGAACUUGAACGACUGAACACAACCAAGAAUGGCUUCGAGGUGGGAUUUCGUCGGGCUAAUACUGGCCAUCGUUUUGACCUCAAAGGGGUGUCGGUCACAGUCGUGGGUGUGCGGUCAGGCCCCCCUAAACACUCGGAUCGUGGGGGGGCAGGAGUCGUCCCCCGGUUCCUGGCCUUGGAUAGUCUCGAUCAGACCUGGAGAGAGAGGAAAGGACCACGUCUGCGGAGGGUCCCUCAUCAACGAGCAGUGGGUUCUGACGGCCGCGCACUGCUUAGACGCAAUAGCUGACGGAGAUCUUGUCUAUGUGUAUUUGGGUCGGCACAACUACAACGACCCAAACCCGAACCAGGUGGAGCGGAAAGUGAUCACCAUGAAGCGCCACCCGCAGUACGACGACGUGUUUAACGAAUACGACAUGGCCCUCCUGAAGCUGGACAGCCCCGUCCCUUUCAGCCAGUACAUAUACCCCGUGUGCCUGGCCUCUGGGGGGAGCUCUGUGCACGCCGGGGUCAGCGCGUGGGUCGCAGGCUGGGGAUACACGCAGGAGGGAAAUUUCACGUUUCCAAAUACUCUGCGGGAAGUCAGUAUCCCGAUCAUCGGAGACAACCAGUGUAAAUGUGCCAUCCCCUUCUUCCUCCCACCGGACACUCUGUGCGCCGGGCUCCAGGAGGGGGGCAAAGACACCUGCCAGGGCGACUCGGGAGGCCCCCUGGUGGUCAAAGAGGGCACGCGCUGGGUGCAGGUGGGCGUGGUCAGUAUCGGCCAAGGCUGCGGUCGCGCUAAGAGUCCGGGCGUCUACAGCGAAGUGUCUCUGUACGAAGAAUGGGUCAAGAAUGAGACGACCUCCGGCAACACGCCCGGCUUCGUCAGCGUCAAGGCAACGGGAGAAGAUCCAGACAAAAGCUUUACCUGUACUACACCUGCUCCUGCUACUACUACUGUUGCUGCUACUAAUACAACUACUCAAAUUACUACUCCUCCUCUUCCUAAUAUUACAUAUACUACUACCACUACUACUACUCUUCCUCCUCCUCCUCCUAAUAUUACAUAUACUACUACCAAUACUACUUAUCCUCCUCCUCCUAAUAUUACACAUACUACUACCACUACUACUUCAGCGGUUUACAGUCAGACCAAUAUGUCCUGCUCCCAUCUGCUCCUGGGCUUCGCUCUGGUUCUUUCGGCUCUUUACGGUUCUCAUGCACAAGCGUGCGGACAGCCGUUCCUGCGUCCCCGGAUCGUGGGCGGAAUCGAUGCGGCUCCUGGGUCCUGGCCCUGGAUCGUGAGCCUCAGUACCAGCGAGAAAUACCACAACCACUUCUGUGGAGGCACCCUGAUCACCGAUGAGUGGGUGCUGACCGCCGCACACUGCAUGAUCCCUGAAGAUAACACCACGGUGGUGUACUUGGGGCAUCACUCAGACGAGGACCUGUCACCAACAGAAACCAGGCACGUGUGGGAGACGCGGUGCCACCCGGAAUACAACACCACAGGGAAGAUGGAGAACGACAUCUGCCUCCUGCGUCUCUCAGCUCCGGUGCACUUCAUGCCCCACAUCCAGCCCAUGUGCCUGGCGGCGCAGGGCAGCACCUUCCCCUCAGGCUUCUCCUCCUGGGUCGCAGGCUGGGGAGUGAUGGAUGAGGAAGCAGAAGAUGUUGCGGACACACUGCAGGAGGUGGAGCUUCCCAUCGUGGGGUUAAACGAGUGCAGGUGCCUGAAUGAAAUUUCCAUCCCAGACAAGACCAUCUGCGCUGGUUUCAAAGAGGGAGGACGAGACAGCUGUUCAGGUGACUCGGGCGGUCCUCUGAUUGUCCAGUUAAACUCGAUCUGGGUGCAGGUGGGCGUGGUGAGCUUCGGUCAGGGCUGUGCACAUGCAAACCUCCCGGGUGCGUAUGCCCUGGUGCCUGAGUACCAGAAGUGGAUCAGCCUCAUGGUGGGCUCAUCCAGCGAGCCCAGCUUCGUGCUGUUUGCCCCUCCGGAUAGAGACUAUGAUGAGGAAUACGUCUGUCAAAAGAAGAUGACGACGACCUUAGACGAUGAUUCGUCUGAGUCUGAGUCAGAUGAUUAUUAUCAGUCUGAGUCUGUGCUGGACAGUGGGUCCCAGAGGCUCUGCAGUCGACUCCUCACACUGUGGACCAUUGUGUCAUGUGUCAGAAUGACACUAAUAUAUGGCUUUGAACUUGCCUAUCUCCACGGAGACAAACAGAUGACGCCACUAAGACAAGCUACAGGCUGCCACUCACAAGCGUGUGGUAGAGCCAUGUUCAACCCCAGGAUCGUGGGAGGAGAUUCGGCCGAUCCGGGACAUUGGCCGUGGCAGGUUCAUCUGCUCAUGACCGACUCGAAGGGAAACAGGAUUUUCUGUGGAGGCUCCCUGAUAAAUCACGAGUGGGUCCUGACCGCUGCCCACUGCCAUGAGGACAAACUGAUGGGCCUGACCCGGGUCUCUUUGGGCAUCAGUUCCUUCAGUGACACACCUGUGCAGAGGGGCGUGGUCCAGGUGGAGCUGUAUCCAGGAUAUAGCGGCAGAGGGAACGACAUCGCCCUCCUGAAACUGUCCUCUCCGGUCAUAUACUCCCAGUUUGUCCAGCCCGUCUGCUUGGCGCACACCGACAGCUUCUUCGACCACGGGCAGAGCGCCUGGGUGUCCGGCUGGGGUCGCGUGGAGGAGGGUGGCAGUGUUUCCAACUCUCUCCAGGAGGUGUGCGUCCCCGUGGUGGAGAUGGCGGAGUGUAACAGAGACUAUGGGAUCGCUCUGCUCCUGUACGACAACAUCAUGUGUGCUGGAUUUGAAGAGGGAGGAAAGGGAACGUGUCAGGGCGACUCCGGGGGCGCCCUGGUGGUGAAGCAGGGUAGUGUCUGGGUCCAGGCCGGGAUCGUGAGCGCCUCUGCUGGAUGUGCCAGACCCGGAAAACCUGCAGUUCUGACGGAUGUGUCGAAGUUCCAGGUCUGGAUCCAGAGUGUGGUGGGAUCAGACGACGAUCUGGGAUUUGUCACGUUUACAUCAACAGGAGACCACAGUGACAACAGCUACUACUGCAGGAAUACUACUACUACUACUACUACUUGGAGCCUCAUCAAUGAAAACAGUGUCACUCUCACCAGAGGCUUAUCAGUUCAACACCUCACAAUGGGUGCACGACUUCAUCUGACAAUACUUCUGAUCGCUUUAUCAACGACAGGUUCUCACGCACAAGCACUAGCUUGUGGCAGAGCACCGUUGAACACCAGGAUCGUGGGAGGGCAAGAGGCCUCUCCGGGAUUUUGGCCAUGGCAGGUUUACAUUCUCACAAGAGACAGCAUGGGUACGACAUUCAUCUGUGGGGGCUCCCUGAUCAACCGCGAGUGGGUCAUGACCGCUGCCCACUGCCACGAGGGAAUGGUAACAAAUCAGACACAAGUGUUUUUGGGAAGCGUGGAUCGCACUUCCAGUAGAAACUCAGUGAUGAGGAUGGUGGUGGAGGUGGUGUUCCAUCCUGACUACAACUCCUCCAUCGCUUUUAUUAAUGACAUCGUUCUACUCAAGUUGGAUUCUCCCGUGACGUACACCAGCCGCAUCCAACCCGUGUGUCUCAGCAAGAACGACAGCACCAUCCAGUCGGGGCAGACCUCGUGGGUGGCGGGCUUCGGGGAAACGAGUGAAAAUGGCAGCGUUUCGGACACUCUUCAGGAGGUGUGUGUCUCGGUGGUGGGGGACAUGGAGUGCCGUGGGCUGUUCGGUAACCAGAUCCAGCCGGAGAUCGUCUGUGCCGGCGUCGCAGAGGGAGGCAAAGGCAUCUGCCAAGGCGACUCAGGGGGCCCCCUGGUGGUGAAGCAGGACGGUGUUUGGAUCCAGAUCGGGAUCGUGAGUGCGACAGACGGAUGUGCCCUCCCAAAUAAACCUGCCAUCUACACUGAGGUCCUGCACUUCCAGGACUGGAUCGAGAGCGUCGUGGACCAGGACUCACAGAGGCUGCCCGCGUUUGUGUCCUUCAGCUCGCCUGGGGAACUGGGGUUCAACUGUGGUGCUACUACUACUGCCCCACCUACUACUACAACUGCUGUACCACCAACUGGUACUGCUACUACUGGUACUCCUGCACAACCUGUUACUUUUACUACUACUACUACUACUAAUACUGAAAUUGAUAUACCACAACCCAGACCUCUACCAGUUGCUCCAGAAGCAAACAGCACUACUACUACAACUGCACCACCUACUACUACUACUACUACUACAACUGCACCACCUACUACUACUACUACUACAACUGCACCACCUACUACUACUACUACUACUACUACAACUGCACCACCUACUACUACUACUACUACAACUGCACCACCUACUACUACUACUACAACUGCACCACCUACUACUACUACUACUACAACUGCACCACCUACUACUACUACUACUACAACUGCACCACCUACUACUACUACAACUGCACCACCUACUACUACUACUACUACAACUGCACCACCUACUACUACUACUACUACAACUGCACCACCUACUACUACUACUACGCCACUUCCUACUACUACAACUGCACCACCACCUACUACUACUACAACAACUACUGCAAUGCCUACUACUACUACACCACUUCCUACUACUACUACUGCAGCACCUACUACUAUAACAACAACUACUACCACCACCCCCAUGCCAACUACUACAACUACUGCAUCUCCUACUACCACUACCACUGCUACUACUACUACCACUACUACUACCACUGCUACUACUGCACCACCAACUACUACAGGAACUACUACUACUACUGCAAUGCCAACUUCAACUAUCACUGCUACUACAACACCGCCAACUACUACUACUGCACCACCACCUACUACAACUACUACACCAACUACUACUACCACUCAUACUACAACACCACCAACUACUACUACUGCAAUGCCAACUACUACUACCACUACUGCACCAACUACUACUACUGCAACACCAACUACUACAACCACUCCUACUACAACAUCGCCAACUACUACACCCACUACUACUACUGCAAUGCCAACUACUACUGCCACUGCUACUACAACUACUACACCAACUACAACUACUUCUACUACUAAACUGCCUUCUACAACUACUACUACUAGUACGACUACUACUACUACUACUACCACCACUACUACUGCACUACCUACUACUACUACUGCACCACCUACUUCUUCCAGUACUUCUUCCAGUACUUCUUCCAGUGCUCCUUCAGUUUCAGUCAGCUGUCCCAAAACAAGUCCCCAUUUUCGUCACAUGCUUUCGAUUUGCUUUAGUCUAAUACUAAUUAUUGUACAUUGAUCAUUUUAAUAGUCAAAACAAAAUUGUAUUUAAGUGCAUAUGGAAUUUUCUGUGUUAAAGAUUUAGGUAAAGGUAUUGCGUUUUAGAACUCACUGUUACUUCCUGUAUUUUUUGUUUUUUUUUCCCCCCACAAACUGCCACUUAACUGAUGUAAAACUAUGAUAAAUAUUCCACCAAAGAGAGAGACACCGACCCGUUUCCAUGAGAAGUUUGGUUUUAACUUUCAAUUUCCAAGGACUCAUGCAGGUGACGUGCCGACUCAAGAAAGUUACAUACUGUGGCUUUAUGUAGUGGACAUUUAUGGUGCGUUCCAGUCGUCCUCGGAGGUCAGAUUUUGGGGUUUUUGGAUUUGCUAACGAGUACUGGAGAAAGGAUUCACUAGUUUUUGCUAAUUUGAAUGGCAACAAAAAACUUGCCUUGGUACUUGACUCUUGAAUCGCUGUUUGCCGGUGAAAAAAAUGUUGUUGAGUCGAUAAAUUGGCUGCCAACCUCUGAGCCGUCGCCACCCGUUCCUGCGUCGACUGCUUGCUAGCGUAGUUAGCAUGCUUCGUAGCAAAGUGAGCACUGAUAUUGUACUCUUUGAAGACCGCAACAGUUUCUUGGCAUAUUAAGCAUACAACCUUUGAUCGGACUUCAGUGAAACAUAUUUUGUUGUCCACUCCGUAUUAAACACUCGGUGCUUACUGUCCACUUUUAUUUUCUUUGAUAAUCUCAUUUUUGCAGAAGGGCUGAUAAGAGAAUAAGAGAGUAACACACGUGAACAAGGUUGAUGUAGUUAAAAUGCGCCAUUUAGUGGUAAAUUGAACACGGUUUACCAUUACCUAUUUUAAUAUAAUUUGGUCAUGUUUGGCGGGCCGGAUUAAUAAACGCAGUGGGCCGUGUGUAGCCCCUGGGCCGUAGUUUGCCCCUCCCCCCACCGAUGUAGGAACAAUGUCUGGGAUACAAAAUUUACUUUAUAGGAUCUUUACUGUAAUAUACUGGGCACCGUUUUUCCAACUUGGCAACCGGAACGAGCACCCGGUGUUGAACUCGGAGAUCAAAGUUCCGAUCUCCGAGGGCGAGUGGAACGCAGCAUUAUUCCUUCCAUUUAGUUUUUGGUUUUGUUUUAAAUUACACUGAUUUCUCCACUGUGAUUCAUCCCUCUUAACUGAUUGUCUUUUUUGUUUCACAUGUUCUUGAAGCUCUACCUCUAGGUGCACUCUGGAACAUUUCUGGUGCUGGAUGUGCCAUUGGCUCGUCUCCAUGGAAAUGUUAAUGCUUUGUCUGGCAUGUUUCACAGUAUGGCUUUAAACUUCUUUGUAGGGUUGUUUUUCAAAGUAGGCAAAUAAAUGUAGGUCAUCACCCUGGAGACGAGCAAGUGGCAAACCACCAGAAGAAAGGUUACAUA